UCCUCCCGCCCCGCCCCUCUCCCCCUCCAGACCCCCGCGCCAUUUCUGCUGUUCCGGGCCGAAGAACCCCCCCAGAGGGUCUUGACACGCCGAGCUGAUCUCCGGGCGGGAUGCGGUGGCCCCCGGGGCGGUGGUGGCUGCUGGUCUGGCUGCCGCCUCUGUCCACACUGCCCGCGGGCGCGGUGCGCGGGGAGGAGGCCGUCGUGGCGGCGUUGUCAGUUCCAAAGUGCAAAGCUUUGAAGGAAAUGGAUUUAAUUAGUACUUCUGAAUCACGCUGUUACUGCUACAAUCAAAAUUCCCAAGUGGAAUGGAAGUGGAAAUACAUAUGGUCAACUGUGCAGGUGAAAAUUACCAGUUCAGACCUGCUCAGUAUUGUAUACAUCACAGAAAGACAAAAUUGCCAGUAUCCAGAAACAAUUCUAUCUGUCAUCAAAUGUAUUAUUCAUAAAUUUUGGGUACCAAAUGACUCUCAUGAAAUAACCAUAACCAUUAAUUCAUAUGUGGAGACUGUGUGCUUUGCUGUGAAGCCUGUUAGAAAUUAUACAAUACACGUAAAUCGAAACAUUGUGGAUUCCAAACUCUUCCUUGUGUUCGUGGCAGGCAUUUUCCUCUUCUUUUAUGCAAAGACCUUGAGUCAAAGCCCUACUUUUUAUUACUCUUCGGGGACUGUGCUAGGUAUUCUGAUGAUAUUUGUCUUUUUCCUGCUGCUGAUGAAAAGGUUUAUUCCUAAGUAUAGCACCUUUGGGGCUUUAAUGGUUGGUUGUUGGUUUGCUUCAGUGUAUAUGGUGUACCUAUUGAUGGAAAAUCUGAAGUGGCUGUGGUAUGAAAACAGAAUAUAUAUAUUAGGCUAUGUCUUGAUAGCUGGAUUUUUCAGCUUUGUUCUUUGUUACAAACAUGGGCCCUUUGUUGAUGAGAAGAGCAUAUGUCUCCUGACAUGGACACUGCAGCUCCUCUCCCUGUUUCUCAUCUAUUUGGGUGCCACCGUUCCGCAGUUCGCAUAUGCAGUUAUGAUCCUCAUGCUGUUGUCCAGGAACCUGCACCGCCCAGUGAAAGCAUUCGGUUACAUGAUGUGGAAAAUGAAGAAAUGGUUUACAUCAAAAAAGCUGGCAGUCAAGUAUCUUACUGAAGAUGAAUACAGGGAGCAAGCUGAUGCUGAAACAACCAGCGCUUUGGAGGAACUGCGUCAAGCCUGCCUUAGACCUGGCUUCUCGUCAUGGCUGGCCGUCUCCAGACUCCAGGCUCCUAAGAAGUUUGCAGACUUUGUUCUUGGAGGAAGCCACUUGUCGCCUGAAGAAAUUAGUCUUCAUGAAGAACUAUAUGGCCCUGGGGGAGCCUUCUUGGAAGAGCAGCUUUUUAACCUGAGAGAACUACCUGACAGUCUACCUGAACAUUGACUUCGUCUGCAUGACGAACUGGGUAAAAACUAAGAAUCGUCUUACAGUUUUAUGGAACAGUAGCAAAAGCAUUUGCUAUGGAGAAAAACCAAGUCACAUCGGAAAGGGAAUCUAUACUGUAUGGAAGAUAACUGAUCAUUCUUGGCCAGUUCUGCUAUUUAUGUUACCAUACGCCACCAAGAUUCUAUGACAUUACCACUUCCCUUGAAUGAAGAUUUUCAUUAGGAACAAGGGAAUUGUGUUGAUCUUCAAGGGGCCAGUAAGUGUGAACAGGUGCCUUGUCAACACAGGGCAUUAUAUCCUCUCAAACCCCAGAGCCUGUGUCAAAAGACUCUGCAUUGCUCUUCCUAAAUGUUAUCAAUGUAAGUGCUGGCAGAGACCUAUGAUAUGCUGGACGUAUAGUCCACUGAUGCUAAUAAGUGUUAGUCGGUAAAGGGAUUCUGAGGUCAACUAAGACUGAUAAAAGUUAGACAAAAGUCCUUCAGGACUUCUCAGGACAUUUAAAAAUGCUAAUAUACAUAGCGUAUCUCCUAAAGAGGAAAAUUGUGUGCAGAAGUUUCCAACUUAAUCUGACCACAGAACCAUUCAUCAGAUUGAUAUUCCUUGGUACUCCUGUUUAGAAAAUGCUAAUGAUGGAGGAAUUAAGGUUUAGGGACAUUACCCAACAUGUUGAAGACCACAGAGCUAUUUAAGGCAGCACGGGAACUAGAGCUUCAGCCCAAGCAUUUCUUAUGACUCAGGUAGAAGAGACCUUUAAAGGCAAGCCAAAAGGUCAACUCCCCACAGCCUUGGGUCUCACGGUAUUAGUGACUUUAUUUUUUAAUAAUGGCCAACUAGUUAUUUGGUAAUUGUGAUAAAGAGAAACAUUUCCUAAGAUUCUAUUUUAAAGUUUUGAUAAUAUUUUUAUAGAUAUAUAAUAAGGAUUAGAAAUUAGAAUUACUUUUUAUAUUUUUUUGUAUUUUGAAGACAUUUAAUGUCUUAUGACAUUGCAAGCUGACUGGUUCAUUUUUAAAACUUGUGUAGUUGCAUAUGCUGGUAACAAUUUCUGACAAAACAGAUUUGUGAUCUUUCUUACAGAGAACACAUCUUGUUUUUCCUAAUUCAUGAUGUUAAACUUCAGAGUAAAACUCUGAGGCUCUGACCUUGGACCCUGAGUAAUGGGGACCUAAAGAGGUCUAAGAAAAGAUCUGAACAUGGCAAACCCAUCUAAGUGUUAAGAUGUUGCUUAAUUGAUUCUCUUUAAGAAUUAAACUGAGGCAUUUUUGCUGUGAUAGGACCAUAAAAAAUAGAGGUGUAAAGAAUGAGGGCUCUUUCACUAAAAAGAGGUUACGGAGGUGGGAUGUGUAGAGAAUUCAGGCACUGCUUUCCUGAGCCAAAUUUAGUAGAGUUGUUCUAAAUUAUUGAAUAAGAGCAUGUCUACUCAUUUAGAACUUUCUAGAUUGAUUUCAAAAUGACAUUUCCUCUUUAAGCUGUGUGUCAGUGUUUUACAGGUCUCCGUUUUUGCCAGACACCUUUUAAUAUGAGGAGCUUUGUUAUUUUUGUGAAAUGCACUAAAUUCAGUGUGUGCUUUCACAUAGACUCUGAAUUUAGAAAUAACAUAUCUUCUAUUCAGAUUUAUGAUCAUGAUGUUUUCUAAGUGUAAACAGCUCUAACAUUAUUUUUAUGAUAGUUCAACUUGAUUUUUUGAUAACUGUAUUUAUUGGUUACACAUUAUAAAUAUGUCAGAUGCCUCAGUGGUUCUGCUCACCACAUUCGUCUCCCAAGAGAGUUUUUGUCCUACAAAAUGUGUGUGAAUAACGUAUGAAGAGUCUGCUGGCAUUCCCAGGAGACAUCCCAGCCAAGACUGCCACUGGGACUUAUCUGUGCCAGGGUAGAGAGCUGCUGACCAAGCUAGGGGUAACCAUCACAAUAAAAACAGCUAAAGAAAAAGAGCAACAAUCUUCCAGGAUGUUUUUCAUGUUUUUUUAAAAGGAAGUCAUGGAAUUGUCAGUGUUUGUUAUAUGAGUACUGUGAAAAGCUAAACAAUUAAAAGCAUUGCUUGUAAUAUA